AAUCGGGUGGAUUUGGUCACUGCCUUCAGUGUCGCGAGCAUCCGGAGCACCUUUCUACAUCUUCUGGCGAGGCGCCCCCCUCUCACCCUCUCCCCCUCGCUCGUUCACCACCUCCCCGCAUCCGGGCUCAUCUGUGAGAAUGAGUGCGUGAUAACACACCAGCAAGACGCUGUGCCUCUGCGGUGGCGCAAGUUAUUUUUCUUUUUUCUGCUGGUGCAUAUUCGUUCGAAAAAGUGACUAAGUGAAGGGGCGUGGACACAGUUCUAUUCGUAUGAUUAAAAAUUAAAAUUAUCCUCCGCCGAACGCUCGUCGCCCCCCGUGCGCAAAGUUCCGGAACCGGAGGAGUGUGUGCCGUUUCCGGCUUACCCGUUUCGGGUUGUUCCAGCAAAAUCCUUGGGGCAUUGUGUAAGUGUAUGUGGGUGCGUGUGUAUCUCUGAGCUCGAAAAUAGUUUUACUAUUUUAUUACAAUCUAAGUGACCCUAGAGGGUAGAAUUCGUGUGCAUAAGUGGUUUACCUGGUUUAGCCGUUGUGAUCCAAUUUUCAUCGCGAAUCCAGGACUGCGUGGAAAAGCUAACACAUCCUGGAAAGCACCUUAUUGAGAUGGACCAUUCCAAUGGAUCGAAUUAUGCAAGCAGAGUGCCAUCAUCGCAAACAAACAGGCCAGCACAUCGUAGAGGACGCAAACGAAAGCACACAUCAGAUGGCAUCGUGGAAACGGAAAAUGUACAACCCCAGGCGAAGCGGCUCAGCACGGCCCGAAUUCGGCGAUCUGUGCACGAUGGCGCCUCAACGUCGUCGGCGGUGGCUGUGCCGGCGGUAUCUGCCCCGCCUUCAUCGACACCCGCCAUCGGUCUGUCCAUGCCGAGCAUACCGAGCUCGGGAGGAUCGUCGCUCGGUGGCCACAGUCAGCCCGCCGCCCACAGUGACUACACCUCCGACACGCAGAGCUCGUCCGAUUGCUUUUCGAACGCGGUCGAGUUCGAUCUGUACCAGCUCGUGAGUCCCGCCUCGGUCAGCAGCUCGAACGUCCCGAGUCCGGCCUGCGAUGCCACCGGUGUAAACCCCACCGAUCAUCACCACCACCAAUACCUGCAUCAUGUUCCUCAUCACCAGCAGCGACAUCCUCCCCCCAGCUGGCUACCGAAGGGUGACACAACGCCCCACGGGGGGAACCGGAAGGUGGUGGCGGAGAGCCUGGACGAGAAGCCGACAAACUGUGGCGGGCUCGUGGAGUCCUGCUACUGGAUGCCAUCGUACAAGCAACGGUCCUGUCCGAUGCCUUCCCUCUCGUGGGUCGAUACCAACGAAAUGUUUAAGAAGAUGUGCCGAAAGGACGACGUUGGGUGGCUCGCACGGGAACCGAACAUGUUCAACGAUCACCCAGGUUUGCAGCCACGGAUGCGUGCGAUCCUGCUCGACUGGCUGAACGAGGUGUGCGAAGUGUACAAAAUGUACCGCGAGACGUACUACCUAGCGGUGGACUAUAUCGAUCGCUACCUAAGCCGCAAGAAGGGUCUCAUGAAGACGCAUCUUCAGCUGCUCGGCGUUACCGCGCUGUUCAUCGCUGCCAAGGUGGAAGAGAUCUAUCCACCCAAGCUGCGUGACUUUGCGUACGUCACCGACGGUGCCUGCACGGAGGAGGACAUUCUACGCGAAGAGUUGCUGCUGCUGUGCGAGCUCGAAUGGAACAUCAACCCGCUGACGGUGAUCGGUUGGCUCGGGAUGUACAUGCAAAUCAACGUUACGUCUCGGGAGCCAGAAAAUCAGCACCGUCCGGCGGUGCGUGCUGCCGGCGUGUCGGUAGCGAGCAAACUUCCUUCCAAGGUGCUGGUUUCCAAUGAAAACGUUGACGUUCGAUCGGCGACGACGACGCCGAUGGUCAACAGUAGUACCAACACCACCACCAACGCUGAAGCGUCACCGGUAGCAAAGAAACCGACCAGUGAGAAAAUGCUGUUGGCCGCCGGUGUCACCACAACCAAGACUGAUGAUACCUUUGUGUAUCCACAAUUUUCCGCCAUGGAGUUUGCCCACACGGCACAGCUCAUCGACCUCUGCUCGCUGGACGUCGGGAUGGCAAACUUUAAGUAUUCUGUGAUCGCGGCCGCCGCUAUUAGCCACACGUUCGAUAAGAAAACGGCCACCUUAGUUUCUGGGAUGCACUGGGAGGAGAUCGCACCGUGCGCCAAGUGGAUGGAACCAUUCUUCCAGGUGAUCUGCGAGGAGAACGCUACCUAUCCGCUCACCUUUCUCGAACAGAAUGAGCAGAUCAAAAUUAGCCACGGUCUGCAUCAUAUCAGCCCAAAGCUCUUAACAGACCUGUACUACAACAAGCAAACGCACACCACUUCAUUAGAAAUGCUCGACAUGGUAUUUAUAAAAAUGGAGGAAAUGGAGUCGACGGCACGCGUGGUGCAGUUGGAAGCUUCUCCAGCGCCGCUCGGUAUCAUCGAGCCGGACAGUGGUAUUCUCACGCCACCCGCCUCCAACCGGAAAUCUUUAGAAAUGGUUCUGAUCACGGCCGCCGCAGGUGGUACGGCUGGUGUUGAAGGUGGUGGUGGUGGCGGCGGUGGGAGUUCAUGUGAUGGUCAACAACAUCCGGCACAGCGCCAACACAACAAGGAUCAGGAGCCACAACAGCUUCAACCGCCGCCGGGACUCGGUGUAAUUGUUAAGGAAAUAGCACUUAAGUAAGUUGGUAUAAAUUAUUUAUCCUUCACUCGCUAUUACUCUCGUUUAGCUA